GGAAGUGACGAUAUGGUAUCCCAAAACAAUAAAGUAGCUAUGGAUCCUUUCUCUUCCUCUUCAACCAUCUUUAGUCCUCAAGUAUUCCAAAAGAUAUUGUAAUCAUGCAAAUGGUUACAAGAUGCAUCGUCAGGAAUUUCUCUCUGGCCAUUCUUCUUAUAUUCUCAAUUUGGCUCUAUAUCUUCUUCGUCAGUUCUUAUGAUCCCCAACUUCAUAUUGUCCUGGGGAAAAACUCAAAGCUUCGUUCUUCCAAAGAGAUCGAAGAUGUUUUCAAUUUCCUUCGUCUUGAUUCCGCAGCACUUCGAAAUUUAUGCGAGAAGACGGAAUGGAAUUCUGACAAAGUCAUAUUUACAUGCGAUAAUUCCAUCGGCGGGGUUGGACACAUACGUAACUCGAUACUUAACUGUGUACGAUAUUCCAUAUCUGCGGGCGCUGGUCUAGUCAUCCCUCGAAUUAUUCUUCGAAACCCGAAAGAUAUCUCGCAGAUUCGAACGGGUGAAAGAGUUAGCAUGGCCUACAUGUUUGACUAUUUUCAUUUUGUCGAUUCGCUCAGAUAUUCUUGUCCGCAAAUGAACAUAUACGGAUACAUAGAUGACGUACCGAACUCAAACGAGGGAAGAGGUUCUAUCACACUAUUACCAGAAAGUUUAUACUCUUCUCCGAUUCCGAAAACAGGCUUAGAACACCCGGAAAAUUGGAGAGAAUUGUUUGAGGGGUGGUUGGAUGGAUAUUAUUAUUUUGCAACGAAUGGGACGAUGAAUAUGCCAGUAACGGUUGAGCUUGGGAGAUCGUAUUUGCAAUAUCCCAUAUAUUCUGACGGGGAGGAAUUCGCACUUUCUUUUGGUGGGAUAUUGAGAUUCAGCGAAAAUUUGAGGGUUCUUGCUACUACUGUUUUGCAGAAUAUGCUAUCAACAUACAAUAUGUCUAGGGAUCUUUCGCAGCCGUUUCUUCCUGAUACAUUUUUCGGUGCACAUCUCAGGACGGAGAUAGAUGCUAUGAAAAAUUGGUCAGCUGAGGAUUGGUUUUAUCAACGUUACGAAGCCCAAUCGAUACAAUACCUGAAGAAAUUAGCCUCCACAAACCUCACCUUAGUUUAUGUAGCAUCAGGCAACAAAAGCGAAACUGCCCGGCUUGCGCGAGACGCAGCUGCAUACAAUGUUACCACAAAAUGGAUGCUACUCGAUGCUAAGGAUAGGGAAUCAUUGAGCAGAUUAUCAUGGGAUCAACAAGCGAUAGUAGAUUUUCUUGUUAUGACGAAAAGUUCGAGAUUCGUGGGAAUAGGUCAUUCGAGUUUCACAUGGAAUAUCGCGUUACAAAGACAUCAAUUUUUGGAGAACAAUGGAGACUACUUGGAUGGAUCGGAGUUAUUGAGCGAUGCGUUGAGUACGGUGUUUGGGGAGACGGGUGGACAUCCGGAGUAUGCAGCUUGUUUGUGGCCUUGAUUAUAGGGGCAUCGUUUAGGAGUUCUGAAAAGAAAUGUGUACCUGCCUGGUGUUAAGUUUGUGAUGAAUGGAUAAAUGUUCAUUUUUGUUACCUGACUGGAAGUAGACAUAUAUGUAGCGUUAAACAAUUACUGAAGCGAACCUUGA